CCCUUCUUCUGGAAGAGCUGGAAAGGACGUCUGGUCAGGAAACAACCCUUAGAAGAUGGUGGCCAUGAAGAUCCCUCUGCUGCUGGUGUCCCUGCUCCUGGCAGUGGUGCUGGGAAAUAAGGAAGAGGGUCAUUCCAGAGUCCACACUAAGGUCCGAGGCUCCGGACCUCGAGGCCGCAGGUACGCCGAGGGGACUUUCAUCAGUGACUACAGUAUCGCCAUGGACAAGAUCCGCCAGCAGGACUUCGUGAACUGGCUGCUGGCUCAGAAGGGGAAGAAGAGCGACUGGAAACACAACAUCACUCAGAGGGAGGCCCAGGCCCUGGAGCUGGCCCAUCAAUCUAACAGGAAGACGCAGGCCAGGGAGCAGCAGGGCUCCCAACUCAAGAACCCUAGUGAUGAAGAUUCGCUAAAUGACUUACUGAUUCAAGAGCUGCUGGCCUGGAUGGUGGAUCAGAUGGAGCUCUGCAGGCUCAGGCGGCAAGGUUUCAGUGAUUCUGGCUAAACCCAGCUCAGGACUGGACUCUGCCCUUCCAUUACCCAGCUCCUGCCUCAGCCCCACUCCUCGGUACCCUAGAGAAGCCAAACCAAUAAAGUUUA